AUCUAUUGAUUCCAUCUAAUAUGAGAGUGAGUGUUAUAUUAAGGGUUAAAAUUGUUACUAUACAAUAUAUAUUAUAUUGUAUUUAUCUUGUCCCGUGAUCACUAUAAAAAUAUAGCUCCUUAUUGAAUUCAUAUUUGACUACAAUUAAACACUUAAUAGAUCAAUUAUGAAAACUGUUCUUUUUAUCUUCUUGUUCUUUUUUUGUACAUUAAUUCUUAUCUCAGUUGUGGCAAUUGAGCCGUUCAAAGAUGAAAAACAAUCUGGUGCAAAUGAAGAAUCCAAAACAAAAAUUUGGGUAGAGACGGACGGUGGCCGGGGAAGAGGUGCACACGAUGAAGACCAGGAAGGAAGACAUGGUGAUGGAUAUGGACUGCGUGGAGGAGAAGACGGAAGACCUGGAGGACAAGGAGAUGAAGGAAUCGGAGGAACCGGCGGAGGAAGUCAGGUAGGCUGAUGGAUAGAAAGAGAAAAUUAAAUGAUUUGGAGUAGAAAAAAAAAGUACCUAGAAGCAUUAAUUCAUGUGUGCAAUAUAUCUCAUGCAAUAUGUAUUUGCUCAAUUUCUCAAGUUUAAGGACAUUUUGCUAUUUUUAUGAAAAAGAAACAUGACUUAUGAUAUGUAUUGCCAUUUUGUAGAUGCAUCUUAUGCACUUUUGGCUUUGAAA